AUGGUUUGAUCACAUAACCAUCGAAAUCAGAAAAUAGCAACGUAAUGUCAGAAAAAACAAUGAUUUAUAUCUCGCACCAAUUGCUGAGCACAUCUUAAAGUCAGCUUCGAAUGUAACUGAGAUUAAGCAAGAAAAGUUUAUAAGAAAACACUCAGCUUGUGUUUUUAUGAAAGUUAGUAGUUACUGGUAGUUAAAUUAACUACUGACUAUUCCAGUUAGUAGUUAGAAUAACUACUAACUGAAAAGAAGUUGAGUUAGUGGCAUAACGGAACUUUUUUUAACGGAACUCCGACAGCCCUAGUCCUAGUUAUCAAUGCCACGCUCCCUAACUAGGAUAUCCUAGUUAUAAACGUAACGCUCACUAAGGAGGAUAUCCUAGUUAGGUCGAGAACAUAGCCAAAAUUUUGCGGUCCAUAACUAGGAUAUACUACUUAAGGAAUUUGGGUUUAAGAACUAGUUGGACUGCUAAAUAAUUCGCUACUCUAUUCACAGUAAAAGCACCUCGUUGGGACGUAAGUAUGUCGUUGGGCGAGCUGUAGGCGCCCAUUUGUGAUCAACGCUUAGAAAAAGUACUGAUUGUCCACUGAUCUCGCGAAGCAGAGGGACAACGCGAGAAAGAUUAGUUUCACAAUUAGCUGACUAGCUUUUUUAGGUUUUCUCGAACCGGGAAAGGAAAAUGCGCAUACCUCGGUCAAUUUUGGGCAAAGUUCUCUAAAGAAAUUUUUUGUCAUGGCAGUUUUGUGUGCUGAUUUCGAAUAAGUAACAAAAAAUGUAGGUCAAAGAUUUUCAUAUUAUAGCAAAACUUGACACGCUGGUGUACCCUUUCUUGAUUACUUGAAACCACUAUACGCUUGAUACAGUCUCAUUCUGCGUUCAAAAAGCGCUGAUUGCUUUUAAUGAACCUCAGGAGCUUAAAACGUCCUAGAAAAAAAUUGAUCUCAUAUUUAUUCGGACAAUGCGCGGAAAAAUUGAUCUUACACUAUCUCGGACGGCCUGAAAAAAAUUUGAACUUAGACUACCUUGGACGGCCCAAAAAAAUUUGAGCCUCACCCCAUUUGAAAACGUUCCUACACCUCUUUAAGAGAGGAGUGUACGUUUAUAGUUUAAGUGGAUUUUGUCCGAUGUGUUUUUGUUUAUUCAAUUUCUCAGUCGGAUAAAGUCCUAAGACAAAAAUUUUUUGCCAUUAAAUUGGCCAUAAGUUGAAAUAUAUAAUACGCUAUCAAAAUCUUGAAAACUGAAGUGUCGAUAUUUCACCUAAUUUCCGCCUAACUGCCCACUGUGCGCUGGAAGCUUUUUCUUUGUGAGAGAAACGAAGUUUAAAACCCGUGCCGUUUUAUCAGUGAGUAUAAAAAUAGUAAAAGAAUUAUUAAGAUUCAAUAAACGAAACAUCAAAGCUUUUUCAAGUCAUAGUUAAGUUCGGAGAUUAACCAAGUUCGAGUCAAGUCUUUUUCAAGACAUUAUUAAAACUUUCAGCUUUUUAAAAUAUUUCAUUUCUUCGCCAAUUCCAAUAUUCAAAACACAGUAACAGUAAAGAAAUUACACAACAAUGUAAGCUGAAAACAAUAGGAAAAAAACUAAAAUUUCUCUUUCAUGAUGUCGCAUAGAAUGAAAAAACAUAGGGAAUGUACAACAUUUACUUUAAAAAAAUGCUGUCAAACUUAACCCCAUAUUAUAUUUCAACAUCGUAAUUUCUCUCACGACCUAAAUAAGGACGGAAGAGAAAUCCGCAUUGGGAAAAAUCCUCGGCAAUAAAAACCCCUUCUACUGAAACUGACGCUGCUUGAAAUAAUAAGAAUUUCUAUAUGAACCAUGUCGUAUUACUUUCAGAUGCUUCUCUGAGUAAGAUCAUUUCAUCGCCAUUGCACAAUCUUUUUUCCCUUUCUGCAUAUAUCUAUAUACAUAUGUAGCCUUCUUGCCCUGUCAGUUUAGUUACGUGCUUUUGAGUUUUCAUCUGAUUUCCGUGUUAUUGUGCAGCCCUUGUCCCCUUUUAUAAGUUUAAUUGUUUUUCGAUUGAUUUAUUUUUUUUUUAUUGAACUACGACUUAUUAUCAAGGUAUUACAAUGGACGAAUGCUUAGAUGAAUACAUUGAAACAGCGGAAGAUUCCAUCAAAAUGUUAAGCGAUUUGAUAGAUGAUAUUAAUGCGCACCAUGACAGAUGCAAUGCUGCCAGAGCAGUGGGAACAACGGCUUCGGUUGGAGGUGGACUAUUGACUAUCGCAUGCGUUUGUGCAGCACCGUUUACCGGUGGGACCUCUCUUGUCGGUCUAACUGGGGUGGGAAUGGCUACAGGAUUGGCUGGUGCAGCCACAAAUUUAGGAACAGAAGUUGUUGACAUGAUCUGGACAAAGAAGUACCACGAUGAGUUACUUGAAAUCGACAGAAAAAGAGAAAGUGUUACAAGUAGAUUGAAUAUGUAUCUGGAGCAAAUUGAAGCUAAAGCUGCAGAAAUUUACGAGGCAAGUGGAAAUGAGGAAGAAGCAACCAAAGAAGCUCUCGUAUUUUUGAUAACCACUGGUAAGAUAGGUUGGAAAGGUAAGCAGUUCGCUGGAGUAGCCGCAAAUAUUGGCCGAACAACUAAUGGUACGCUCUUGCGAAAUGGAGGCAAAGUGUGGAAAGGCAUGCGAGUUAAUUCUAAUUUGCUCUCGUCAGCUCUCAAGAAAAUCGGCUUUGAUGUUUCAAAACGAGCAGCGUUCAACCUGGUGAAAGGUGCUACAGUCGUCUUCAGCGCGGUCUUCAUUAUCUGGGAUCUCAAGUCUCUGGCUGACAGUCUCAAUAACAGCCAUCCUGCUAUCGGGGUUGUGGAGGCACAAAUCAAACAAAUUCGAGAGCAACUGGAAAACAUGAAAAACUUGAGAGACACUUUGAAUGGCGAAGACGAUGAUUAA